AUGAAAAGAUCGAAUGUUCGCUUUUACGGUGAAAAACGACGGCACCGAUGUGACGAGAAUUGUGACGGCCAAGAUCAGGCACACGCUAAUAGACAACCAGUCGUUGUCGAUCUUCGAGGUGGACAAAGUCCUGAUGCCAAGGGAGUUGUUCAAGGGAGCGCUGGUGCCGGCCGGGGCCCGUGGCUGAUGCGGAGUACCCGAGGCCAGCCAAGGGGGAGGCGUCAUAGGGCUCCGGCGGCAGUUGCUCUGGGGAUGUGGCAGAUCAGACGAUCGAUAACAACGGCGCAUCUGGGAUUUGAGUGUGGCAUAUUUGUCGCUACUCUUGAGGAGGACGAGGGGAGGCGCUGGUAUUUGCGCAAGACCACCAAGCGCGGCGCGUGGGCACAACGAAGGCAGCUCAGCAGUCCUGAAUUCCAACCUUCUGGACUUUUCUUCGAGAGCCCUACCUCCUUAUCGGGCCGGGUCGGCCCCAGGUUUUAG